AUGUGUGCGCCGGCCACUGCGGCGCUUUUUUUAGCCGCGCUUGCCGCUCUACCGUGUAAAGGAAUGGACGCAGAAACAACGAUAAUAAAAGAAAACCCAAAAACAACUUCUCAACCGAUCAUAAAUAAAGUGUAUGAAAUGUUACACGCUUCACACAAUCAUUCAAUGCCUGUCAGUUUUAAUUACUCCUUUAACGACCUGCAUAGUUUAGAAUCAAGUAAUCUAAAGUACUUCCCUAGUAUAAUUAAGAAAGAAACGUGCUGUGACGAUGUAAGAAGCAAUAGUAAUGCAAUGAACCAAAGAACAAAAAGACAAAGGCGUGUAGUGAAUGUAGUAAAAGAUGUAGUGAAUGAGACGGUAUAUGUCGAAGUGACCACAGAAGUGAGUGGACCUAUGGCGUUAGAGAGCAGGAAGAAGCCAGGGGAAGCUGGGUCCAGCGCACCGUUGCUCAACUACAUUUUUGAUACUUAUUCUAAUACACAUAACCAUAGAAAUGAGAGGCCCGGCAACGGCAAUAGUAUCUAUGUAGCGGCAGCGCCGGAGAUAGAAGCGUUGGUGGGUUCCACCGCGCAAAUGGACUGUAAAGUCGACGCGCUUCACGAUAAACUGGUAUCAUGGGUACGGCGAAAAAACGACGAGCUACCAAUGGAGCUGCUAACUACCGGCACUCAGCAGUAUACAGCGGAUGACAGGUAUUCAGCUCGUUUUAUCCCACCUGAUAUAUGGAGACUGGAAGUAAAAGAAGUCAGACCGUCUGAUGCUGCAUUCUAUGACUGCCAACUAUCCGCCCAUCCACCCAGAACAGCUCGAGUCACUUUGAGAGUACCUGAGGUCUCAGUACGUAUCGUGGAUGGAGCUGGAGCAGAAGUAUCGGAACAGGUGUGCGAGUUAGGCAGCACAGUGGCGUUGAGGUGUGAAGUCCGUGGUCUGAAGAUGGAGGGAGGUCCCUCUUUACUAUGGUAUAGGAGGGACGACCUUCUCAAUGAUGAUACUACGAGAGGUGGAAUUAGCGUCCGAACAGAAUUCGGUUCGAAUGGAGCGAAUUCAGUGUUACGAGUGGCUCGCGUCCGAAGCGACGACGCGGGACGCUACACGUGCAGGAUAGCGCGCGCGCCGCCGCCCGCGCCCACUCCUGCGCAUGUGUUCUUAUAUGUAACUAAAGGAGAAAGUUUAGCGGAGCUUCACCAAGGUCAGGACACCAAGUCGGUCUCCGUGUAUUUCGUCGUUACUUUAGCGACGCUACUUAUUUUACAAACUUAUAAUAUUAUA